AUGGAAAGUGACGGGGAGCGUCGUUCUUCUGGAGGGAGCUGCAAGCCUGACCUUGUCUGCGAAAAACAGUUGUUUAAAUCCAAACUGUCAGAGUCCCUUGUUCAGCUGGCGUGUAGUCACCAUCAGUGUGCUUUCCCUUUGAAUCAAAAUGAGCUAUGCAUCUGGAAUACAGUGACUCCAUUACAUUUGUCAGGACACCAUUACUCAAUUUCUGCGCUAUCAUUUGGAAAUAAAAUCAAUCCACUUCUUGUCUGCUCUGCUUCUCGUGAACGUGUGGUGGUGUGGAAUCUUGAUGAAUGCACACAGAAGGUGCAAGAAGGGUUAACACCUCGAGGAAUUGUUAUAGGAACUCUUUUGGGAAUGGUGCUUCAUGUAAGAUUUAGUCCGGAUGAUCAACAAGUGGCAGUAUGUGCUGGAAAUCGGAUCUACAUGUUAAGUGCAAAGAAUGAAGCUAUACUAGCUGAAUUGGAUGGCCACCUAGCUCCAGUGACUGCUGCUGAAUUUUGCACAUGGGAGAAAAGUAUGCUUAUAUCAGUGUCAGAAGACAGAACUUUUAAGGUGUGGGACUAUUCUACCAGCCAGUUAAUGUAUCAGUCAGGAGUAUUAACGGCAUUUCCUUUGCUAAGUCUGCUAAUUGAUGAAGAAAAUAAACAGAUUAUCACUGGAUGUGCUGAGGGACAGCUUUGGAUCUUCAGUUUAAUCAGUGAUCAUAAUUACCGUUGCGUGGCACAUAUCAACUUAAAGAAAGAGCAAGAGAAAUUCUGUAAUAAAGUGUGGAAAUCUGGAAAAGAAAUAGGUAAAGGGCAAAAUACUUCCAAACUUUGCAAAACAAACAACAUAAGACCAGAAGGAUCAGUGGAAACAUCAUUGCCUAUCCUCUUAAUUGAACACUGUGACUUUUUAGUAUGUUUCCAUAAUGAAGAAAACAUAUCUUCUGCCCUGAAUACUAGCUAUUUUUGGAUAGGAAGCUCUACUGGAUUGUUAAUAAUUAAUCUGGCAAACUUUGAAUUAGAAGCUUCUUUAGCUUACAAAGAUUAUAGUGACCUCAGCAUUCGGUUUGCCGGAUCGUGUGCAUUAACCAGGAAGGCAGUUAAUGGAAAGGUUUUAUGCUUGAUCACCUCAAUGUUUGAAGAUAUGACUGCUGUAUUGGAAGUUAACCUUGCUGCAUUGGUGAGAACUCAGCAGAGUUAUUUUCUCCUCUGUGGAAAUGAGAACAGUCUAUCAGUUAUUGCCAGGUGUUCUUUAUUGACAAAUUCUCCAUUGUGUAAAGGUUUAAAGAAAAACAUGAAAGAACCUUUUAGUAGAACACUUGGAGUGAAAAGCACAGUGAAAGAUCAGCCAUUGGUUUUCCAUAAUAAAAUUAAGUCAUCAGGUUAUACAGCAGCACCACAAAUGACCAUGUUUUCUCCAAAUAAUAACCUGAAGAAAAAUGAGGUAUCAAAGUGGAAGACCAGUUGUAAACGUAAAAGUAAAGAAUAUCCUUUGGAAAGUUCUCCUCCAAUCAAACAUGAGAAAGAAAUAUCUGUUACUUGUAAACCAACCCCAAUAUGUUGCAUUCAGUAUUCCGGAGAUGGAGAGAUGCUGGCUUGCGGUCUGGCUGACAAGACUGUACUGAUAUUCAAUUCCAAUCUCACUGAUACAUACAAAGUUUUUUCAGGUCCUGAUGGUGCAGUUAACUCUGUUGGCUGGAGUCAUGACAAGAAGUGGUUAGUUUCUGCAUCAGAAGACAGAACUUUAAGGGUCUGGUCAGUCUGCAAUAACGAACCUGCCCUAAUUUUGGGCAAAGAGAAGUUCCAUAAGACUGUACGCUUUGCACAGUUUUAUUUUAUAGAUGCAUUUAUAUUGCUGUGUUGUGGAGCUGAAUUUCAUCUAUUAAGUUUCCAUCUAGAUACAACCAAGGAUGACCUCAAACGAUACAAACAGAGAAGUGUUUGCAAAUUGGUACAGAAAUUUCCCAUGGCUUCAACAAUGGAGAUUACCAGCCUUUCAGCAGUAAAUGAUUUCUACUCUUAUAUUGUACUUACAGCUGGCAGCAACCGAGCAUUGGAAGUUUUUGACCUUAAUGCAGGCUGCAGCACAGCAGUGAUACCAGAAGUUCACACUAGAUCAGUCCAUCAGAUCUGCCAAAAUAAGGGGUCAUCAUUCAGCACUCAGCAACCUGAAGCUUACAAUCUUUUCAUGACCACAGCUGCAGGUGAUGGCAUCAAACUGUGGGAUUUAAGAACACUAAGGUGUGAACGUCGUUUUGAAGGGCACAGUAGCCGCUGCUAUCCAUGUGGAAUUGCAGUAUCUCCUUGUGGACGGUUUAUAGCCAGUGGAUCAGAGGACAAAUGUGCUUACAUAUAUGAAAUGUCUUCAAGCACUUUUUCACACAAACUAGGGGGACACACAGAAUCUGUCAUCAGUGUGACUUUUAGUCCCUCAUCUCCACAGGAAACCUUCCUCAACUGUCAGCGGUUGCCAGUACUCGAUGCUGCAGAGGAAGCAAACGAAGACAUGCUGAACAAAACAGGGCAACGGCAUGCUGUGACACCACAGCCCCAUGUCACCAUGGAAAUCGUUUCUGCCCUGAGUAUCAGCCAGUUUGCACCCCGAGCCAACACAGCUGGCAACCUGCAGUGGCUCCUUUAUGCACCACAUGUCUGCACAAGUGAGAUCAGACGUGGUCCUUACCAGGGAAAGUCGGAGGAGCUGUGUGGGUCUAAACCUCGGGCAGACUUGCGCAGCAUAGUGUGUUGUAAGGAGUUUUGCCUAGGAUCCCUUGUCACAAGCGAUCACACUUGUGAGGAGGAGAAAAGUGAAGAAGAUCCUCCAGAAUGA